ACCACUCGAUAAACGUAGCGCUGUGGCCUGGUCUGGGAAAGGGACGUAUACUGACUCGUUUUAACACUGGGAUUGAAUCUACGUUUCAGAACGUUCAGCGAACACAACAACGAUGGACGUGGUGAUUGUGUCUGCGGUCCGUACGGCUAUAGGCUCCCUGAAUGGUGUGUUGUCCACUGUGCCUGCUCAUGAACUGGGUUCAGUGUGCAUUAAGGAGGCAUUGUCUCGCAGUCAGGUGAAAGCUGAAGAUGUUUCCGAGGUUAUUCUGGGGCAGGUCCUCACAACAGGUCAGGGACAGAAUCCUGCACGUCAAGCUAGUAUAAAGGCCGGCAUCCCUGUGUCAGUGCCAGCUUGUGUUGUCAACAUGUUGUGCGGGUCAGGCCUUCGAGCUGUAGUACUUGCAUCCCAGGCAAUUAAGACAGGCGAUGCCACAGUGGUGGUGGCGGGAGGACAGGAGAGUAUGAGCAAGUCCCCCCAUUGUAUUCACAUGAGAAAUGGCACAAAGUUUGGUGAUUCCUCACUGACAGAUACAAUGAUGAAGGAUGGCCUGAUGGAUGCCUUCAACAACUACCACAUGGGUAUUACAGCGGAGAAUGUAGCAAAGCAGUGGGCGAUAUCGCGUGAGGUGCAGGACAGCUUUGCCCUGGAGUCCCAGAUCAAGUGUGAAGCAGCCCAGAGGGCAGGACACUUUGACGCAGAGAUUGUCACAGUUCCUGUGAAAACAAGAAAAGGUGUGGAGGAGGUGAGGACAGAUGAGUUCCCUCGUGCCGGCUGUACACUUGAAGGCUUUAACAAACUCCGACCGUGUUUUGUGAAGGAUGAUACAGGCACUGUAACUGCUGGAAAUGCUUCAGGCAUCAAUGAUGGAGCUGCAGCACUUGUCCUUAUGAGUGCUGCGGAGGCCCAGGCUAGACAUGCACCUGUGCUGGCAAAGAUCGUGUCUUGGGCACAAGCUGGUGUGGACCCUGCUGUCAUGGGGACAGGACCAAUUCCAGCUACACGGAAAGCAUUGGAGAAGGCUGGGUGGAGCAUCAACGAUGUAGACUUGAUAGAGCUGAAUGAAGCAUUUGCUGCCCAGUCUGCAGCAGUCAUCAAAGAUCUGGGCUGUGAUCCAUCAAAGGUAAAUGUGAGUGGUGGAGCCAUUGCUCUAGGACAUCCCAUUGGAGCAUCUGGAGCUCGUAUUCUGGUAACACUUCUCCAUGGCCUGGAACGCACAGCAGGGCGGCGCGGUGUGGCAGCACUCUGUGUAGGAGGGGGAAUGGGCAUCGCUUUGUGUGUGGAGAGAUCAUGAGAUCGAGAUAGCCUUUCUGCUUAUGCAUCAUAUUCUUGCUUUCACAAACUGAGUGUAUAUAUCAAGUGAAUAAACGGUUUAUGGGA